ACGCGCGAUUGUGAAAAAACGUUUUUAGCGGCUUUACGCGGUCCGUGUCAUGUGCUCAUUUAUUACGGUUUACGGCCAGCGACACCAUUCUAUUGUCUCGCGUACUCCCGUCCUUUGUUUACGAAACGUAAUAUUUGAAAUAACGUUCUGUCGCCGUCAUCGUCCAUAAAUAGUAUCUCUUCGAUUUCGGUCGUGUUUGGUUACGACCUGCCCCCAAGCUAUAUUAUCCAUAGUUGUUGCUGCAGUAGUUUUCGUUUUUAUACUCGUUAACCGUACCGGUGGUCCGUUUCCUGCCCGAAGAGAAAAAAUGAUAGGCGUUGGGAACGCUGUGGUGUGCCGGUCGAAAAAGGACAUCGAUCGCCAUGUGCAAGAACAGUUCGAUAAACUCAACAACGAACAUGAGAAAAAGCUUAAAGGAUUAGCUAUUGCUCGUAUGUACUUCAAAGUAUCUGAAUUUGAGUUAGCUAAGCAAUAUGUUAUUAGCUUUUUGAGCGUGAAUGAGAAUUCCUCCGAAGGACGUCGAUUACUUGGUCAUUGUUAUGACAAAAUUGGUAAUAAAGAAAAAGCAGUUUUAGAGUACCAAAAAUCUUUAACUUCAACACCUAACCAACCAGAACUACUAUUAUUAUGUUGUGAUCUUAUGGUUGAUCCUUCUGUUAAGUUAAAUGAAGUUCAAGCUGAAAAAAUAUGUAAGCAAACAGAAAAUUUAUAUCCUUAUCAUCCUACUGUUUAUAAACUAAAAGAGAGAUUAUUGGCAUCAAAUGAAAACUGUGAUCCUCAUAAAGUAGAGAAUUUGCUUAAUGCUGAAAUAUCUGUUAGGCCAGAUGACAUUAAUCUUAGAAUUAGACAGUUGAAAUUAUAUGAAAGUUCUGGACGCUUAUCUGAAGCUUAUUCGUAUGCAAUUAAUAUAGAAAAAAAUUGCAAGUUCCAAAAAGAUAAUGUUGAAUGGUAUGAGACUGUUUCUCAGAUAUGUGAAGCAUAUGGUACUUUAAAUACAGUAAAUUGGGAAUUCUAUUCACGGGUAUUGCCUAUUUAUGAACAUGCUGCUUCUUUAUUUAUUAUUGAAUCAAAAACAAACAAGCAAAAAACUGUAUCGGAAUGUCAUAAAGUUCUUUUUAGACUUGAUCAGGCUCUAUAUAAAGCUAUACAAAUAUCAUCUCCACAAACAGAGUUUUACCGAAGUCUCAUUCAACAUUUAUCAAAUCAGUUUUAUUUUCACUUAGCUAGUGCAAUUAUAAAAUUGGCCAAAAAAGAAAAUUCAACUUCUUGGUGUAAAAGUAACCAAUUGUCAGCACCGUUAUUUUUAAUGUCCUUAGCGCCUCCGAUUGACAAACAAGCUUUUGAAAGUAUAACAAAUAAAGAAUUUAGUUUGGAGCAAAAAUCAAAUGUUGCGUUAUGGGAAUUAGAAGGUACCAGACGGAUAAUUGAGAGUGGCUUUGUUUUACGGGCUAUGAUGGCAAAAGAGGAUGAACAUUUUAUUGAUAAUGUUAAACUAUUGUGUAUCAAGGAUUGGAAAACAACAAACUAUAAGAAAAUAUUUGACGAUCCAGAAUAUGCUAAAGGAGUUCCAACAUCAUUUUUUGUUCAUUAUUCACCAGAAAAAUUAGUCUACAAUAUUCCAGAACUAAUACAGUAUGCUGUACCUAAACAUAUGUUGUCAUUUGAGAUGAGUCGCCCUGGUUCAUUACAUCAUUUAGUUUGGUAUGGAAUACAAUUAUUAGAAAGUGAAAACAAAGGAUGUGGAAUAAGAUUAACUAAGAACACAGUGUUUCCAGUUGGGUUUGGAUGUAAAAGUUUUAAUGAAUUACCUUUGGCUACUAAUACUCUUGCAUCUGCCAAUAUUGAGUCGAUAUGCCAAAUAGAUAUGAAUACAUUUUUAUACGCUACAGUUUUUAGUGUUGCUUCAUUCCUGGAUAACCAAUCACAAAAAAAUGAUUCCAAAGCACCACAGACAUUUCCAUCUAAUAUAACUGAUCAAUUAACAACAUCAGAACAAGAGAAUUGGUGGAAAUCAAUGUACAAGAUUUAUUCAAAAAAUGUUGAUGUUAAAUAUGUAUCACAAUUAAGAAAAGCUGCUAUUCAAGGAUUAGAGUCAAUUCGAUUAAUUGGAAAUCAUGGAAUUGAUGUUCAAUUAAUGGUGUAUUUGGCAAAAAACUUUGCUAGUCAGGCUAACAAAAUAAUGGAUAACUUCCUUUUAAAAGAAGGACUAGAAAAACGAGCUUCGCUUUAUUGGAAAAUGGCUAUACAGUUACUUGAACGCAUUAAUGAACGUGGAAUUGAACAUAAGUCAAAAAAUACACUGUUUGAAUUUUACAGAAAAAAAUUGACUCCAGGAGAAAUAUUUGAGUUAUUGGAGGAAGGUAAAUUUUAUUUAGCUUGUCAGUUAAUGAACAAUGAACAAAAUGAAGAAGCAAUAGAAGCAUUCAAAAGCAUUAAUUCACCAUAUGCAUCAUUUUACCAAGCAAUGAUUUAUAAAAAAAUUAUAAAAUCGCCUUCUUUUGACAUUUCUACUGAUACAUUAUCAGAUGCAAAUAAUACGGUAGUGGUGAAAGUCAAGGAAUUACUAAAUAUUACUAAAGAUCGUUUAAAGAAAAAACCUCAUCAUCCAUUGCAUUUACAACUAAAGGAAGAGUUAUUAGAUUUAAAUUUAGACAUUGAUAUGAAUGGGACACCUAAUAGUCAAUCAAAUUUAAACUUAUCUGGAGAGGAUUAUAGUGAUAAUGUGAAUGUAUCAAGGAGACACCUAUAUAAUAAAUUUGGAGACCGAUCCUUUCUCAAUGUUACUAGUACUCCUGUUAAAUCACAACUCACUCCACCCCGAAGAAUUUUAGAUGAAGAAACUGAUGUCAAAUUACUUAAUGAAUUAAAAGUAACUGUACAAUCACAGAAUGUACAGUGUCAAACUUUAGGAUUGCAGUAUUAUAAUAUGAUAGAAACAUUGAGGUCAAUGUCUGAAAAGGUUGAUAAAUUAUUUGAUCAUUUUGACAAAACAAAAGAUUCAAUAUUUGAUAAGAUAAAUGAAUUAUCUCAUCAAGUUUCCACAAAUAAUUCUACAGCUACUACUAAUGAUAAGCUUGAAAAAGAUGGUAAACUAAUUGAACGUAUUGACAGACUAGAAGAAGUUUUGAUGGAAAAGCUUAAUGCUAUGAAUGAAAUAAAAACCAGACAUGAUGAUUUGUAUGCUGUAUAUGCAGAAAAUGAAGAUGAUUUUGAUAAAAUUAAUUAUGAUCAAUCAUCAUGUAUCCAAAAUGCAUUUGAUGAUCAAACUCAAUUGGCUACAAUAAGUUUUCCUACAACUCAACUGCCAUUUGCGUCUUCUAUACCAUUUCAGCAGUUAGGGUUAUUUAAUCCGACUAGUCAAUCUACCCAAUUUCCAUCGUAUCCAAUGGCUCCUAACCCAAAUGUAAAUAUAACAUCGUCUGAUACUUUACCAACUGGACCUCCAGUGUCUCAGCCUCCUCUUAGUGUAAUUAUACCAACACACCAUAUUCUUGGUGGUGGUUUAAUUACAUCUGAAGCUUCAUCAUAUCCUUUCAAAUUUAAUAGCCAACAUGUUAAUAAUCAAUCUCAAUCAGUCAUAUCCCGUGGGGUACCUAGUAUUCAGCCAACUUCAUCUGUUGAUGUAUCGAGUACUGAACAAAUUUCAUUUCAAUCUCCUUUGUCAACAUUUAAAGAAACUUAUGAAACUUCAUUAAAUAAGUCUAGGAACUCUGGAACUGAUGAUAGUUAUGUUGAAGAACAUGAUCCAAUACCAGAAUUUCAACCAAUCAUACCAUUGCCUGAUGAAAUUAAGGAAGUUACUGGUGAAGAAAAUGAUACAAUAUUAUUUGAAAGGCGUGCUAAAUUGUAUAAAUAUAUUCAAAAGGAAUGGAAAGAAAAAGGUAUUGGUAUUUUAAAAAUAUUAAAAAACAGUGAUACAAACAAAGUUAGAUUGGUAAUGAGACGAGAGCAAGUACACAAGGUUUGUGCUAAUCAUUUCUUAUAUGAUAAUAUGGAAUUGAAAUCUAAAGGUGAUAAAGCAGUUGUUUGGUCAGCUAAUGAUUUCUCUGAUGCUGUUGAAGUACAAAUUGAAAAUUUAUGUGCAAGAUUUAAAACAGUUGAAGACUGUAAUGAGUUCAGAAGAGUCUUUAAUGAAAACAAACAACCCUGCUCUCUAAAUACUUCAUUAGUUGAUCCCAACAUUACAGAUGAUUACAGUGAAUCUGUGUUUGAAGUAAAUAAAGAUUCGAGUUUAAAAUUAUCUUUGGAGAAUGAAAAAUCACUAAAACAUGAAUUAGGUGGUUUCACAUUUAGUUCUCCGCCUAUUAUAAAUGAUAUUACUACACCCAAACAAAAUGAAACACCAGAAAAACCGAAAGGUUUAUUCUCUAAUUUGAGCUUUUCAACACCUAUUGGGGAUACAGCAACACCAAGUCUAAAAUCACUAUUAAAACCUAUGGACUCAGAAACAAAUAAAGAUGUAAAUGAUAAACAAUCUUUUUCAUUUAAUGCAUCAAAAUCUGCAAUAUUUUCUACAGAGACUACUCCUAAGUCUACAGAGAAAUCACUAUUUUCAUUUAAUAAUGUGGAAGAAAAAUCUGCAAUGUUUACUCCUAAAUUAGAUUUUACAUCUGGGACAUCUGCAACAUCGUACUUUAGUACACUAGCAAAAAGUUCACCUAACCUAGGUUUCACCAACUCUCCCGAUUUCAAAGGUUUCCCAGGUGCCGGUAGUACUAUUUUUAGUGUUAAAACUAAUCCUUCCCCACAUGCCAUUAUUAAACCAGAUGAUCUCAACAACGAAUCUGUAAGCCAACCAUACGAAGGUUCUGAAGAUUUUGUUCCAACUGCUGAAUUUUCUCCAGUUAUACCUUUGCCUGAGAAGGUAGAAGUAGUUACUGGCGAGGAAGGUCUUGAAACUGUAUUUGAUGAUCGAGCAAAACUUCUCAGGUUUGAUACAAUUACCAAAGAAUGGAAAGAGAAAGGAAUUGGACAAAUUAAAAUUUUACACAACCCUAAAGAUGAUUAUUAUCAGUUGUUAAUGAGAAGAGAAGUAAUUUUAAAAGUUUGCUGUAACCAAAGGUUGACUUCUGAUUUGGAAUUGAAACCUGUGACUUCAUCAGAAAAAGCGAUGUCGUGGGUUGGCCAAGAUUAUUCUGAAGGUGAAUGUAAAAAAGAAUUGUUUGCUAUUAGAUUCAAAACUAUAGAACAGCUUCAUGCAUUUAAAGAUAAAUUCAAUACAAUUAAGAAUAAACUUCAAGAAUUGAAGGAAGUUUCUAGCAGCGCAGAAGCUAAAGUAGUUGAAAAAAAAUCUAAUAUUAAACUAGAUGUCAGUAAACCAUUACCCAACUUAAACGAUCUAGCUCAAUUUAAACCUAAACCUGGCUCCUGGACUUGUGAUGCUUGUUAUUUGUCAAAUGAUGCAAAUACUGUUAAGUGUGUUGCAUGCUGUACAUUAAAACCAGGAGCAGUUGUUGAUGAUCAAACUCCUAAAAGCCAAUCAACUACUGGUUUCACAUUUGGACAAACGUCGUUUUCAUCUUCCUUAAAAUUUGGAGAUGCUUUGAGUAAUUCUCAGCCAGGCAUUCCAUUUGUUAUGCCAACAUUUGGAACAUCAGCAGUGUCUUUUAGUUCAUUGAGCACAAGCGACCACACAAACACAUUUGGUCUUCCAAUAAAGACUGCCGUCCAUCAGAAAAAAACUUUAACAUGGAGAGAAGAGAGUGCUGGACUAGAAAAAUAUGAUUCAGAUAAAAGUGAUGACGAAAGUAAUGAUGGAACUGAUGAAUCUAACGACGAGAGUGAUGAUAAUGACAGACCAAAAUCUGUGUUUGGAAAUGAAAAAACAAAAUUCAGUUCAAAUGUUAAAAUUGAAAAGCCUUCAUUUAAAAUAGACAAUUCUUCAACCACCUUAAAAUCAUCUGAAAAUCAAGUUAAAAUAGAAAAUCCUUCAUUCUCUAUUGAUAAUUCAAAUUCUUUUAAGUCAUCUGACAAUCAAGAGUCCGUGAAAUUUCUUGAUGUUAAAUCACUUAAAGAUGUGGUAUCUCAUACUGAUCAAAAACUUGCUGAAGAAUUGAAACUUCCGUUGUCGUUCUUUCUUUAUAAGUCAAAACCUAAAUGUAAAGGAUGUGCUGGCUGUGAAGAAGAUUCUGAACAUCAAGAAAAAGUAGAUGAUGAAAAUAUUUCUUCAAAGACUGAUAGUGAAAAAGAAAUUGAAAAAGUUAAGGAACAAGAUGAAGUACCUGUUAGUGUUUCUGAAUCAAACAUUACUUCGAUCACAUCAACAAAUAACAUACCCCAGUCUUUUCAUACUACGUCAUUUCUUUUUGGUGAUAAAUCUUCAACAAACAUUUUUGAAAAACAUACUCCUAUUGCCCCCAUUUUUGGAUCCAAACCAAUUUUUGGAAGCUUUUCUUCGGAUUCUACUAAAACAGACGAUACUAAAUCAACAAACUUAUUUGGUCUUCCCUCUAAUGUGAAUCCUUCAUCAAUAUUUGGUUCAUUUUGUGCUUCUGGAUCAACAGAAUCACCAAAUACUACCCAAAAUUCGUUAUUUUCUAAGACUGAUGAUAUUAAAUCCAAAACAGAAGGUUUAUUCAACUUCAGCCCUAAAACUGAUAGUCCCUUCAAGUUUGGAACAAUUUCUAAAGAUCCUAAAUCAGUGUUUGGACAAGGGCUUUUUGGUCUGAAAGACAAAAUUACUGUUGAUGAAAGUGCUCUUAAAGUUAAUCCUUGGGCUACAAGUAACUUCAAUCUUAAUAAAUCCACUGAUGAGGAGAAAAAUUGUGAAAAAGCUGAAGAAAAUGGCGAGGAAGAAGUUGAUAAUAGCCAUGAUCCUCAUUUUGAACCUAUCAUACCACUUCCUGAUGCUAUUGAAGUAUCAACAGGAGAAGAGAAUGAGAAAAUAUUAUUUUGUGAACGUUCAAAAUUAUUCCGCAAAGAUGGCAGUGAAUAUAAAGAAAGAGGUAUUGGUGAAAUGAAAGUAUUGUUUCAUCCUGAAAGGAACACAUACCGUUUCUUAUUUAGAAGAGAAAAGGUGUUUAAAGUUGUAUGCAACCAUUUGAUUACGUCGGAUAUAAAGCUUGUGGCUAUGACGUCUUCAAACAAGGCGUUUUGCUGGCCUUGUAUGAACACAACUGAAGAUAAUCCUGAGCCACAAAAAGAGAUGCUGGCUGUACGUUUCAAGAACGAAGAGAUAGCUGGUAAAUUUAAACAAGUGUUUGAUGAUUGUGUAUCAAAAUUAAGUGCAUAAUCAAUGUCUUUGUUUACACUAGUUAUUAGACUACCAAGGUUUUUAAUUUGUUAUAGUUUACAUUAUCAAUCUUUAUAUUAUAUGAAAGACAUUUUUUUUUUUUUUAUUAUUAAAUUAUUUGUAUUUUUUUGGCAAUAGAUUUACUGUCAAUAAGGGUAAAUAUUUAUGUAAUCAGUUAAUAAUGAUACAAAUUAACCUUAUUAUUUUUAAACUAUUACUCUGAUUUUUAAUUUUUAAAAUUUACAAAUUAUGUGUUAUGUAACUAUUUAUUUAUUUAUUGUUCAUGGAAAAAAGAUAAAUAAAUAACAACUGUUGGUUCCUUUGAAUAAUUUGUAUUGUGUUAAUAAUUAUUUACGUAUAUUGUACACCCUACACUCACUCCGUAUUAUCAUUAAAUUUGGAUCAAAUCCGUAUUUUUUAGUGAAAC